GUGUAAGUGGCCAGUCAAACCAGCAGCAGAGUGCCGGGUACCGAGCGAGAGAGUCCGACUGACUGUCGCCGCCGCCGUGUUCAAUUUUGAUUGCCACAAAGAGAAAAGAUAAAAGCUCGACGUGGAUGCAAUUUCAUUAGUGUGUAAAUUGUGCGAGAUCUAAGAGUCGAAGCAGAGCAGGAAAAGGAGAAGGAGAAGACACACCACCCGCAACCACAACCACAACCACAGCCACAGCCACAGACUCUACUCUCCACCACACACUCGCAACACACACGCGAAGAAAGAGAGAGAGGGAGCGGCUCGAAAAUGCGGCGGCAGUCAACGAUGCUGGCCGCGAUAUUGCUAGCUGCCUUUUUGGGCAGUGCAACUGCAAGAACCAACUCCCCGCCACGGAUCAUCAAGCAGCCGGCACCCGGCGAGCUUCUCUUCAAGGUGGCGCAGCAGAAUAAGGAGAGCGACAAUCCAUUUAUUAUCGAGUGCGAGGCCGAUGGACAGCCCGAGCCAGAAUACUCAUGGAUAAAGAACGGCAAGAAGUUCGACUGGCAGGCGUACGACGACCGAAUGCUGCGGCAGCCGGGACGCGGCACAUUGGUGAUCACCUCGCCGAAGGACGAGGACCGAGGCCACUACCAGUGCUUUGCGUCGAACGAGUUCGGGACGGCCACGUCGAACUCCGUGUACGUGCGGAAGGCUGAGCUGAACGCGUUCAAGGACGAGGCGGCCAAGACCGUGGUGGCAGUGGAGGGGGAGCCCUUCAUGCUGAAGUGCGCGGCGCCAGACGGCUUCCCCAGUCCGACGGUCAACUGGAUGAUGCAGCAGUCGAUCGACGGCAGCAUCAAGUCGAUUAACAACUCGCGCAUGACCCUCGACCCGGAGGGCAACCUCUGGUUCUCGAACGUGACCCGCGACGACGCCAGCGAUGACUUUUACUACGCCUGCUCCGCGACCUCCGUGUUCCGCAGCGAGUACAAGAUCGGCAACAAGGUCCUGCUGGACGUGAAGCAGAUGGGCGUCAGCGCCUCCCAAAACAAGCACCAGCCGAUCAGGCAGUACGUUUCCCGUCGCCAGUCCCUCGCGCUGCGCGGCAAGCGCAUGGAGCUGUUCUGUAUCUACGGCGGCACGCCGCUGCCCCAGACCGUGUGGAGCAAGGAUGGACACCGGAUACAGUGGAGCGACCGCAUCACGCAGGGCCACUAUGGCAAGUCGCUGAUCAUACGGCAGACGAACUUUGACGACAACGGCACCUACACCUGCGACGUGUCUAACGGCGUGGGCAACGCCCAGUCCUUCUCCAUCAUCCUGGAGGUGAACGCCAUCCCCUAUUUCACCGUAGAACCUGACUUCAAGACGGCCGCCGAGGACGAGGAGGUGGUCUUCCAGUGCGAGGCAGCUGGCUUCCCCGAGCCGAAGAUUAGCUGGAUCCACAACGGCAAGCCCAUCGAGCAGAGCACGCCCAAUCCCAGGCGCACCGUCACCGACAACACCAUUCGCAUCGUGAAUCUGGUAAAGAGCGACACGGGAAACUACGGCUGCAACGCCACCAACUCCUUGGGCUACGUCUACAAGGAUGUGUUCCUCAACGUGCAGGCCCUGCCCCCAGAGAUCGAGGAGCCGCCGACCGCCCUCUCCACCGUCGACGGACGCAACGUGACCCUGCGCUGCCGCGUAACCGGGGCCCCCAAGCCGCAGGUGAGGUGGCUGCGGGCCACCAACUGGCUGACCGGAGGACGCUACAUCGUGCAGGCCAAUGGGGAUCUGCAGAUCCUGGACGUGACCUUCUCGGACGCCGGGCAAUACACGUGCUAUGCGGAGAACAAGUUCGGGAACAAGUCCGCCGAGGGCUCGCUGACAGUGAUGGAGCACACGCGAAUCACCCAGGAGCCGCAGAACUACGAGGUGGCCGCCGGACAGUCGGCCACGUUCCGCUGCAAUGAGGCGCACGACGGAAAUCUGGAGAUCGAGAUAGACUGGUGGAAGGACGGACAGCCGAUCGACUUUGAGGCGCAGCCGCGGUUCGUCAAGACCAACGACAACAGCCUGACGAUUGCCAAGACGAUGGAACUGGACUCCGGCGAAUACACGUGUGUGGCACGCACCCGACUGGACGAGGCCACCGCGAAGGCGAACCUGAUCGUCCAGGACGUGCCGAACGCCCCCAAGCUGACGGGCAUAACCUGCCAGGCGGACAAGGCGGAGAUCAUGUGGGAGCCGCAGGGCGACAACCGAUCGCCCAUCCUGCACUACACGAUCCAGUUCAACACCUCAUUCACCCCCGCCUCGUGGGACACGGCCUUCGAGAAGGUGCCCAACACGGACUUCUCCUUCGUGGUCCAGAUGUCUCCGUGGGCCAACUACACGUUCCGCGUGAUCGCCUUCAACAAAAUCGGCGCCUCGCAGCCGUCCGCCCAUAGCGAGUCCUGCACUACCCAGCCGGACGUGCCCUUCAAGAAUCCGGACAACGUUGUGGGCCAGGGAACGGAGCCCAACAACCUGGUGAUCUCGUGGACCCCCAUGCCGGAGAUCGAGCACAACGCCCCGAAGUUCCAGUACCGCGUUAGCUGGAAGCGUGACAUUCCCGCAGCCGCCUGGGAGAACAAGGACAUCAACGAGUGGCACCAGAACAACAUCGUGAUCACCGACCAACCGACAUUCGUCAAGUACCACAUCAAGGUGGUAGCCAUCAACGAGCGCGGCGAGUCGAACGUGGCUGCCGAGGAGGUCAUUGGCUACUCGGGGGAGGACCGUCCGCUGGACGCGCCGACCAACUUCACGAUGCGUCAGAUUACAACGGCCACGAGCGCCUACCUUGCCUGGACCCCCGUCAGCGAGGAGUCCGUGCGCGGGCACUUCAAGGGCUACAAGAUCCAGACCUGGACCGAAAAGGAGGGCGAAGAGGGUCUGCGCGAGAUCCAUGUUAAGGGCGACACAGACACGGCCCUGGUCACGCAAUUCAAGCCAGACUCGAAGAACUUUGCCCGCAUACUGGCCUACAACGGACGAUUCAAUGGCCCACCCAGUGCCGUCAUCGAUUUCGACACGCCCGAGGGUGUGCCAUCCCCUGUGCAGUCGCUGGACGCUCAUCCGCUGGGCUCCUCCGCUUUCUGGGUUACCUGGAAGAAGCCGCUGCAUCCCAACGGAAAACUGACCGGCUACAAGAUCUACUAUGAGGAGGUCCAGGGCAGCUUUGUGGGCGAGCGACGCGAAUACGAUCCCCAUAUCACCGAUCCGAGGAUCACGCGCAUGAAGAUGGCUGGCCUGAAGCCCAAGACCAAGUACCGCAUCUCCAUUACGGCUACCACCAAGAUGGGCGAAGGAACUGAGCACUACAUCGAGAAGAGCACUCUGGGGGAUAGCAACUUGGCACCAGCUACGCCCAGCUUUGCCUGGGAGCAGUUGCCGUCGGACAAUGGACAGGCCAAGUUCCGCAUCAACUGGCAGCCGAGCACCGAGGGACACGCGGGCACUCACUUCUUCACCAAGUACAGGGUCAAGGGUGAGACGCAAUGGUCCGACGCAAAGGAGGAGAAAAUGACUGACUUCCAGGAGAUAGCCGGUCUCGAUCCAGAGACCGCAUACGAGUUCCGGGUGGUGUCCGUCGAUGGACAUUACUACACGGAAAGCGCCACGCAGGAGAUCGACACGAAUAGCGUAGAGGGACCGAUAAUGGUGCCCAACGAAACGGUAGCCAACGCCGGCUGGUUCAUCGGCAUGAUGCUGGCCCUGGCCUUCAUCAUCAUCCUGUUCAUAAUUAUCUGCAUCAUUCGUCGCAACCGAGGCGGCAAGUACGAUGUUCACGACCGGGAACUGGCCAACGGAAGGCACGACUAUCCCGACGAAGGAGGUUUCCACGAGUACUCGCAACCUUUGGAUAACAAGAGCGCUGGUCGCCAAUCCGUUAGUUCAGCGAAUAAACCGGGAGUGGAGAGCGACACCGAUUCAAUGGCCGAGUACGGCGAUGGCGACACAGGUCAAUUCACUGAAGAUGGCUCUUUUAUCGGCCAGUACGUGCCCGGGAAGCUCCAGCCGCCAGUCAGUCCACAGCCACUUAACAGCUCCGCCUCAGCGCACCAACAGGCGCCGCCCCAGACAAGUGCUGCCGCAGCAGCAGCCGCAGGCGGGAGCAACGGCUCCGGAUUGGGAUCAGGAGCGGUAGCAGGAGGAGCUGGGACAGGAGCCAGCAAUGGAGGAACUGGCUCGACCAACACUGCCGCGGUAGCCACAUACGUCUAAGAGGCAUGCCUGGAGCUGAAUGAAUUUCCUAAGAGUUCUUGAUUUUCUUCAACUGAUUCUAUGCCCCAAAACAUUUUUGUAAUUGUAUUUGUAAAACGAAAACUGCUUUAAGUGUCUGCAAAAAAUAUAAGAAAACAAAAACUAUAUUAAAAUAUCAAGCAAAAACAAACACAAAAUGAAAAAAAAGAAAAGAAAACAACAAAUUUAAGAGUUCGAAAGCAUUUGAUUUUGCUUCCUUUGGCUUAUUUCAUAUUUUAGCAAACAGCUAACGCCUUUUCCAAGCUAAAAAAACAAAACAAUUACAUAACAUUUUUUUACAUAUGUAAGCUAAAAACAAAAAAAUUAGAAGAACAAAAAGUGAGGAUAAACGUUAUUGUCAGAAAAACCAUUCACGGUGAUGCCUGUUUGGGAACCUUUUUUUUCGAAAGUAUGUUUAGUUUGCAAUGGCAAUUUAUUUAUAACUAUCCGCGUUAUGUAUCUGCGUGGAAUAUAUGGAAAAUGAGUCAAGUUUUGUAACCAAACCAAAGACAAGGCGAACCGGUAGAUCCGGCUAGCAGAGACAAACAGAUAUCAAAACUAAGGAGCAGGUUUCUACCCGUACAUAGAUGCAUGCAUACAUAUGUACAUACACAUGCUUGUACCAAAGACAAUGAUUGACUGAAUUAUGGAGCCCAUUCGCAAUCCAAUGUAUAGAUCCAUUGAGACCUGUCAGCUGUCAGUCUACCCAUUUGCCUUGUUCAAAUUCUACUAUUUUUGCAAUAAUUUUUACUAUACAAUUACUUACAUAUUUACACAUGUAUGUGUAUGCACUAUAGCCAACAACAUUCAUGUGUUCAGCAAGUAAAAUUUCCAACCUGAGUACGGAUUAUGGUUACUUUCAAACAACAACAAAAAAGACUGCGAGGCAAAGAGCAGCCACAGUUGGAGGAUCCAAAGAGAGUCAGCCGAUAAUAUAGGGCUGCGAGGAUAGCAAAGAGGCCGCUCCUUUGGUCCUCAUGCAAGCACUUCAGUCCAGGGAAAGGAAAACAUUCCUUUCAUCGGCAAUUCGAAUAUUGUAUAAGUUUCCGAUUUUCGUCCAUAGUGUAAUGACAAAUUGUGUGUAUUAUUGAAACGAAAACCUUUCAUCAUUUGUCCAUUAAUUAUUUAAGUAAAGCAAUUAGUUAAUUAACGAAUUAGUUGACUGAACGUGGUCCUGAUUAGUCAGUUAUAUACUUAUGAGUGCAUAUAUAUAUAUUAAUGGAAAAAAGGAGCCUCCAAUUGACGCUCCCCAAUAUUAAGUGCUUAUAGUGCUAUUGGGCUAUUUUAUGCUGGGAACCACAAUUUAAUUUCUGAUUUUGAAUUCCUUGUAAACACGAAACACGAAAUCCUGAUGGACCUAUAAUAAACACAAUGAUAUUUUUUUUAGCUAAACACACACAAAGUGGCAUUAGCAUCUAAAAGGAAAGAGCAAACACAAUAAAACACAACAUUAAAAAAUUUGUUUUCUGUUUAUGAGAAAUGUUCUUUAAUUUAAAUCUCAGUUUUAAUUGUAUGUGCCGCUUUAAGAGUAAAAUGUAUUGAACUUUUUAAGAACACAGUAUGGAGAUAGACCUGGACGUCUAUAUUUUGUAGUGUACAAACCAGCCUGUGCAUUGAAUAAUAUCUAAAACGCACGCAAGAGAGAUGAAACAUAUGUAUGAUCCCCCAUGUGACCCCAAAAGUAUAACAUAUGUAUAAUCGUUUCAACUACAUGCAUUUUUGACUGGUUUGCCCACUCCAGAUAACACGAUAAGUACAUUAAGUGGAUACGAGCAUAUAUUUUUUGGUCUUUAAUAAACAUACAGGGUUGCUUAGUAAAA